AAUCACCGCUUAGCCCUCUGCUUAGUGCACCUCAUAAAAAAGUACCCGGUUCUCCAAGAAAUUGAUUCUUUGCUGAUAUCACUGUGGAAACUUUUUGAGUUUUCCCCUCAGAAGAUGGCUGUAAUCAAGAACAUCCAGUCUGUGUAUGGAAAAGAGCCACUGACAUUCCUUCGUGCUGCUACAACAAGAUGGCUGUCUCAUCUCCAUGCAUGUUCAAGAUUUGUAUCAAGAUACAACUGUAUCCUUGAUACUCUUGAUGCAAUAUAUGAUGACAGGAAAGAUCCAGAUGUGUAUGGAAUCAGGGUGAGCGCAACAAACAAAAGUCUUCUAGCAGGGACUGUGCUUCUGUGUGACAUCUUAAAGCCUGUCAACAUGUUGUCUUUGUAUCUCCAACAAGAAGACAUUAACUUUACCACACUUCCUAUUCGAGUGAAAGAAACAACUGAUCUACUGCACCAGCUGAUUGAAAAGUAUAAUCGAAAUCAACUUGAUGACACAGAAUAUGCCAAAGUUAAUGGAAUGUUUCUUGAGGUGGAUGAUCGCACAACUCUAGCCAGGAGAAUGCGAGCGUGUGCCAACAGAAUAACCCCAGAGUCAUUUCUUGAACAGACAGGAAUUCCUUUGAUUCAUGAUCUCAUUCAAGAAAUUGAAGAUGCAUUCUGCACAGGCUCUGCAGUGCUUACAGCUUUUGGAGUACUAGACCCACAUAAUUUACCAGAUAGCAUUGAAGAACUCUCUAAAUAUGGUCAGGAGAGUAUAGAUAAACUGGUAGAGUUUUAUGGAAGUCCCAAGGAUGAUGAAUUCCAAGGACAUCGGAUACAAGUUCGAGCCCAGUUCAAUGAAGUGAAUAUGAGAACAGAGCUUGAAACUUUUAAAAGACAUCUGUUCAUGCUGAGCCCUUUUGUCUUUUUCCCUGAGUUUUGUUGCUGUGUUAUUAGACAGAUAGCAGAAAUAACCAAUUCAAUGUUGAAGGAGAAGAGGUUGCAGCUCAGUACAUGGUGUAUACAAAGAAUUUUGUAAGGAUGAUGUGUUGAAGGAGUGUUUUCCAGUAGUCUUUCACCUGUACUAUCUUGCCAUGAUCAUUCCUUCUUCUACAGCAGUGGUGGAGAGGGGCUUUUCUUUAAUGUCAAAUAUUGUUUCAAAGAAAAGAAACAGACUUACUGAAAAAAAUACAGAUGCGCUUAUGCGCAUUUGUCACACAAACAAAGAUUUGACUGACAAUGAUUUGGAAACUAUUGUAACCAACUUUAAAGGCCUUAAAAAAAGGAAGCUUGAUAUGUAAUUUAAAAAUAAAAAAAGAAAGCAUCAUAUUUGUA